GUUAACAUCCGUUAAGACUGCUUGAUGUAUGCGUGUAUGACAAGUGUAAUGUAGGUAGAUAGAAUAUCAGAUAGGACACCUCAUAUACAUAUUGGCCACAUCAGAGGUCGGGCGGAGAUACGAGUGACGGAGAGGUUAGAGACCAACUCGCCACUUUUGUCGUAGUCCAGGCAGGGAAAUUGUGUCGGAGCUAUCACAACUUUGUGUCGAUCUUCUCCGGGAUAACACAUUGUGUCACCUACCUGUUUCGUCGUGGUGCGAUGUACUUUUAGCCAAUCAACCGCGCGCAUUGGAUUACCGGCAGAGGGCGCUUCAAAGAUGGCGGAACGUCAGAAGUUUGGAUACGAGCAAACCUUGCUGUACGGCAGAUACACCAGAGAGCUCGGGUCAUUCGCCAAGUUCACUGCGAAGAGGUUGAAGAAAGAAGCUAAGUUACAGAGAAACGAGGAGAAACCACCGUCCGGAAUAUGGGUUUACUUAAAACGAUGUUCAGCUGUAAAGGACUUUAUAUUCAGGAAGAUCGGCGAGGACUGGCUGUUCUUAGCCCUGCUGGGCGUUCUCAUGGCGUUCUUGAGUUUUUCCAUGGACUAUGUCAUAGAGAAGUGUCAGGAAGCCAAGUUCUGGCUAUACAAGGAGCUGGAGUUCUCCAUCGCGCUGCAGUACUUCGCCUGGAUCUCCUACUCUGUGCUGUUUAUUUUAUUUGCCACAGGCUUCACACAUCUCGUCUCACCACAAGCUGUGGGGUCUGGUAUUCCGGAGAUGAAGACAAUAUUGAGAGGAGUGGUACUUAAAGAAUACCUCACAUUUCGAACACUGAUUGCCAAAAUAGUAGGACUGUGUUCGUCACUUGGCAGCACCCUGCCGCUGGGGAAGGAGGGCCCCUUUGUACAUAUUGCCAGCAUUGUGGCCACGUUAUUGAGUAAAAUGAUUCUCUCAUUUAGAGGGAUAUUUGAGAAUGAGUCACGGCGGUCGGAGAUGUUGGCAGCUGCCUGUGCCGUGGGGGUGGCGGGCACGUUCGCUGCUCCCAUCGGAGGUGUGCUAUUUAGUAUUGAAGUAACUGCCACAUACUUCGCCGUGAGGAACUACUGGAGAGGAUUUUUCUCUGCCGUUUGUGGCGCCCUGGUAUUCCGACUGCUGGCGCUGUGGUUCAAGGAUGAAGAAACAAUUACUGCCGUAUUCAGGACUAGUUUGCGUACUGAGUUUCCGUUUGAUGCGUUGGAGUUGAUUGCUUUUGCUGCUAUAGGAGUCGCCUGUGGAUUUGGAGGGGCAUUGUUCAUUUUAAUGCACAGGAAGAUAAUCUUAUUGAUGAGAAGACAUAAGAGAAUAUCCUUGUUUUUACAGAAAAAUCGAUUUAUCUACCCCGGGCUGGUGGCUCUGGUGAUCUCAUCUCUCACAUUCCCUCCAGGGCUGGGCCAGUUCUUCGCUGGACAUCUGACCAAUCGUCAAGCCAUCAAUGAGUUGUUCAGCAACAUCACGUGGACAACGGGACAGGCAGAGGACCUGGACGACGAAGCCAUCCUGCAGCACUGGCACCACCCACAGACCAACAUCUACGUCACGCUGGUGCUCUUCAUCAUCAUGACAUUCCAGAUGGGUGUGUUCUCAAACACUCUCCCCAUUCCCGCCGGAAUAUUUGUGCCUGUCUUCACUGUAGGUGCUGCGUUCGGUCGUCUGGUGGGAGAGAGCAUGGCGGCCUGGUUCCCGGGUGGCAUCAAGUCGGGAGAUGUCCUAAGGAAGAUAGUACCAGGAGGUUAUGCUGUUGUAGGUGCUGCGUCGCUGUCGGGCAGCGUGACCCGGACAAUCUCUACAGCUGUGAUUGUGUUUGAGCUGACGGGGCAGAUCAGCCAUGUUCUCCCUGCAGUGCUGUCCGUGCUAAUCGCCAAUGCCGUGGCCAACCUGUUUGAGCCGUCCUUCUACGACAGCAUCAUCCGGCUGAAGAGACUGCCCUACCUUCCUGACAUCGUGUCCAGCAAGUCAAGCACCUGGAACGUGUUUGUGGAGGACUUCAUGGUGAAGGACAUCGGCUACAUCGCCUUCGACUCCACUUACGGGGAUCUUCAUCGUCUUAUGUCAACCACAUUCUUUAGGUGCUACCCCCUCGUAGACUCACCAGACUCCAUGGUGCUCCUCGGCUCCAUACAGCGCUACGAGCUUGAGCGGAUGCUGCUGGUGCACCUCAGCUACGACCAGACAUUCACGACCGAUGUCCUGGACGACCUGGAGUCAGGCCGCUCAUCCCCAUCGAUGGCCUCCCUGGCCGUCAUGCCCGACGCGGACCUCCCACCCCGACCUCGAUUUGUGGUCACUAAAGUGGAUGACCUUCCACCAGUGCCUCCAUCCAAUGGGAACGACAUCCAGCUGAAUAUGCUGAAAGUGCCUUCCAAUGAUUCCCUCAACGUGAACAGCUCCGAAAACUACAACACCUACCAAGGCCCGCUCCGCUCCAUUCUCAAGAAGUCAUCCUCCUCUCAAGACCUGCCGCGGAGAGCCAGCACUGGCGACCUCAAAGGUGAUGUGAAUAAGUUUUACAGAAAACUUGCCAAUCAGAGAAAAGAAAGUAUUGUUGAAGACAGACCAUUUACAAUACAGAAAGGCAGCCUCCACAGUCUCUGUAAGAAGGUCAAGCUGCCACCAGAGCCAAUGAAGGUGAAAAACCUGCCGCAAGAAGAGCAAGAGGCAUGGGAACAGUCACAAUUACUCCAAGGCAUACAGUGGGAGGGCGUACAAAUAGACCCCGCCCCCUUCCAGCUGGUGGAGAGGACCUCACUGCACAAGGUGCACUCCCUGUUUUCUCUGCUGGGCCUGAACCAUGCCUACGUGACCAACACCGGCAAGCUGGUGGGCGUGGUUGGACUCAAACAGCUACGAGUCGCGGUCCAAGGCCACCUGGAUGCACAAGCUGCAAACAAAGAUUUAGAACAGAGUGAUGAAGAGUUAGACGACCCUGCGGAGUUGGAGGUGGAACACCCGGGCCCAGAAGAGCCCUACACACUUGUCACUAAUGAGCGGGACAGUAUCGAGAAGACAGUGUAGAGAGAGGGACAGUAUCGAGAAGACAGUGUAGAGAGUUGGACAGUAUCGAGGGGACAGUAUCGAGAAGACAGUGUAGAGAGUGGGACAGUAUCGAGAAGACAGUGUAAAGAGCUUGUUGGGAUACCUACACACUAAGAUAGGGAGAGUAUUGAGAAGACAGUGUUGAGAGUCUGUUGGGUGGAUACAGCUUGGCCAGAUUCUUUCUACAAUGCCCGACUUGUCAUUCUCAACCCACUGGCCACAGUGAUAAAGACUACCAGAUUCUUGAUGUUGUGUAUGUUACGUCGGUGACUAAGUCUGGUUUUUGUAGAAAAUCAAAUAAUGUGAUUUAAGUUCAUGACCAGUGUAUCGUGCUGAGACGUGGAUGGUUAAGGUCUAUCAAGUCACUGGUGUUGGGGGCAACUUGUCUGACCAGGAAGAUUUAUGCAAUGUCUCAACAGUGAUGCACAUGAUUCAAACCUAGAAGUUGACAAUAUUGAUUCAGUGUUAAGCCACAAGAAGCUGAAAAUUUGCAGCUUUGCUCAAACCCCACUGGAGGUGUGAGAACAAUGGAGUGUUGCAUUGUUAUGUCUCAGAUUAGGCUCACCUUAUAGGCUCAAGUAUGAAGGUCUACAGAAUAUAUCCAACAGAUCUACCGGUAUGUGUAAUGUGUCCACUAUACCGAGUCACUGCACACAAAGCAAUGGGAGGAAUCCUGAAGGUCUACAGAAUAUAUCCAACAGAUCUAUGUGUAAUGUGUCCACGAUACCGAGUCACUGCACACAAAGCAAUGGGAGGAAUCCUGAAGGUCUACAGAAUAUAUCCAACAGAUCUAUGUGUAAUGUGUCCACCAUACCGAGUCACUGCACACAAAGCAAUGGGAGGAAUCCUGAAGGUCUACAGAAUAUAUCCAACAGAUCUAUGUGUAAUGUGUCCACCAUACCGAGUCACUGCACACAAAGCAAUGGGAGGAAUCCUGAAGGUCUACAGAAUAUAUCCAACAGAUCUAUGUGUAAUGUGUCCACGAUACCGAGUCACUGCACACAAAGCACACAAGACAGAGCUGUGUGAAGAAAUGGAGGUCUGUUAAAAGUCAGGCCUCCGUAUUGCUUUAUUUACUUCGGUUAUGGUGGAAAUGUAAUUAUCCUAAUAUUGCAAAGCAUGCAUAUAUUUUUGUAAGUUAUUUUGAGAGUGAGUGUUAAUGCCUCUUUGAAAUUACCUCCCAUAUGUUAUCAAUAUACUUUCGAGGUUUUGUUUUUUUGAUUUUGCAAAUACCACAAUUUGACUUGAUGGGAGGCUUUGGUCUUUUUUGAAAGCUGUGUGCAUGGUGUAGUUUUUAUUGGGACUGUUUGUUUGUGACGGAUGGCAAUCUCAUUGCAAUCAUAUCUUUCGCUCCAGUUUUGUACCUCUCUCUCCAUCAAGAUCUGACUACCUUUCCUUGGUCACAACAGUGGAACUUGACUGCCCCAUCAAAAUGAAGACUGCAUACGUUUUUGAGCCACACACACCAGACAUUUCAACCUGUCAGGACCUUCAAGCUUGGAUUUGUCCGAUCUUGGCAGAGAGAGGUGUCAAGUCCCAGUAGUAGAUCUGUUUAGUGAGAUGGUGAUUUGGUGAUGAAGAAAUAAUUUUGUAAUGCUGAAAAUGAUGAUUUUAGUAGAAAACAUAUCACCUUUAGCCAGAACCGUGCCACAUGGAUUGUUUAGCUGAAGGGACUGUUGAGUCGAGAGGAAGCCAGGAAUGCUGGAUUGUCAUGGUGACGUCACAUAGGCCUCGUUAUCACUUGGUCCUGUCAACAUUGUCAGUCUAAUGCAUUGAACAAACCUCUUUACCAUUGUUUCUUGUGUGUCGUAUUGUGUUGACACUGUUAUUUCACUGUGGCCUUGUGUAUUACAAUAACAAUCAAGGAACUUUCAUGAUCAAUUGUUCAAGAAUAUAUACCACUCAAGAGAAUUUUAAAGAACAACCGAUUCUUUUCAUAUGGCUGGCAGGUAUUCUUUCUGUACAAAUUGAUGGAAAGAUUAUAUAUACACAUAUGUAAAUACUGUUGAAAUAUUAAUGCAGAAUCUCCAUAUAUCAAGUAAUACAGUGUACAAAUUAUCAUGCAUCAGGAAGUAUGUUUAUUUGUACAUAUCAAUUCACACUGCAUGAAUUUGGCAGUCAAGUGGUGGCGAUAGCCCGUGAAGAGAUUUCAGGGGGGGGGGGGGGGUGGCGCUGAUUCAAAUCAAAUAUAAUGAGAAGUCACUGCUUUGAAAUUGUGGUUGAUGGGAGUCUAUAAUGUCUAACACUUGCUUGGUUAGCCAAUGUUUUUUGUGUUACCAUAAGAUACCCCCCUCCUCACAAAAAGGCAGGGCCACAAACAGACUACUUUUUCCUGAUUGGUUGAUAAUAGAAUGGGUAUUGCGUUAUUGCACUAAAUAAUGUCACUGCUUUCAAAUUGGUGCGAUCAGUCUGCACAUCGCUUUUUGUUUGUUACAUUUAUGCCCCCAAUCUUCCUAAGGCAAGAGAGUUAACUAACUUUAAAAGUCCAGUUUCCACCAUUGCCAAACUUGGCUGGAAUUACUGGGCUCGAUUGUACUGCCACCAGUGGCUAUUACCAGUUAUGUCCCCUUCUAAGCC